CGUUUGACUGAAGAAAUGCAACAGAGACUUGACAAUGUCCAAACCCAGUUGCAAACAUUGCAGUCUCGUUAUCAAAUUUGUCAGAAAGAGAAUGAGAAAAGGAUGAAGCUUCUGGAACAAUCAACAGAUGCUAUCAAGAUGGUGGAGGAGGAAAAUUACAAACUUAUCAGGGAAAAAGGAAAAAUCAAAGCUGAAAGUGAUAUUUACAAAGAAUCUUUGGGGACUCUCCAACUGAAGUGUACAUUAUUAGAAGAGAAAAACAAAACUCUUGAAAAAGACAUCAGUACUGUGAAGGAAGAGUAUUUCAUUUAUAAAAGUUACACGGAGAAAAUAGAAGAGAAGCUGAUUAAAGAAACAGAGCAAGCACGUCUUUAUUAUGAUGAGAACAAAUAUUUGGCUGAUGGAUAUAAAUCUUUAGAAGAGGAUAAAGAACUCAUUUCAAAACAGUUGAAACACUGUGAGAAUUCUCUGUCAGACUUACAAUCACAAUUAGCAGUCAUACGUACAGAAAAAGAUUUGUUUCAGGAAGAGUUAAAUGGAGAGAAGCUAAAGCUUCAAGAUAUAAAUACCAGUAAAGAAGAAUUGCUUAAGGAAAAUACGCAGUUGCAGAAAAAAAUAAACACUUUACAAUACGAUGCCAAUACAAAGGAAUUAGCAAUUUCAAGCUACAAAAACGACUAUAGGAAGCUAGAAGAGGAAUACUCAGCUGUUAAAAAGGUUUGUGAAGACCUUUCUGGAGAGCUGUGUACUUUAAAAGCAUCUUAUGAAGAAAAAAUGGAAAAACUUAACUUACUAGAGAGUAACACCUCUUUAGUUAUCCAAGAACACCAGUUGAUUCAGAAAGAACGGUGGGACCUUGAAAAAACAGUCAAACAGUUAAACGAGAGUUUGGAAAGUAAGAAACAUGAUCAUUUGAAUGAGAGAGAAAAACAGGAAGAGAUUAUAGAUAAAUUGAAGACUGAGAUUGACCACAAGGAUGAAUCAUGGUCUCAACUGAAAGGAAGAUGUCAUCAUUUAGACCAGGAAUUGGUGAAAACCAAAGAGAAACUGACCCAUUCAGUAAGCAACCAGAAAGAAGAACUCUUUGGCUGGAAGAAUACUUGUGAACGACUUACAGAAGCCUUGAAUCGAAAAGAAAACGAAAUUCAAACUUUGACAGACAGAUGCAGGGAUCUGGAUGAAACAACCUUACAGUUAAAAUUGGAGAUACACUCAUACAAGGACCAAAUUUCCACGCUCCGCUCUCAGCAGCAGUUAUUCCACAGAUUAAAAGAAGAAAAUAGACGACUGCUGAAGGAAAAGGUAGAAAAUGAACAGCUAAUCAAACUUCUAGAAACUGAGAAAGAGGUUUUAACCAAAAAUACAAAUCGGGAGAUCAAGUGUAGCCAGAGAGACCUUGCCAAAAUGGAGCAGGACUUAGAUCAUGCUAACCAAGUGAACCAAGAGCUCAAAGUGGCCAAUGAAGUCCUCACAGAUAAAAUUAACUCAUCUCAAAAUGAGAACCAGGAAUUAAAGGAAGCACUUACAGAAUCAAGUAAAAUGGUUUCUGCAGAAGAUCAUGACGGGUUAAAUGUUUCUCAUAAAGACUUACUAGUAGAAUACAAACAACUGAAGGAAGCUUAUCUUCGUCUUGUGGACAAGGAAGAAUCUUCUCAGAAUGUAAAUGAUUUAUCGAACCAACUUGGAGACAUUAAUACAGAACUCGAGAGAUUAAAAGUUGAGAAUGAAAACCUAUUAUCACAGAAACAGAAAUGGGAAGCUACCCAAACGACUGAUGUUGAUUCCUGUCGUCUUGAACUGGAGCAGACGAAAGAAGAACUUGAACAGCAGCGAGUUGCUAAUGAGUUGCUGAAGAAGGAGCUGAAGGACAGGGAACAGAAUCAAUCAUCAAAUAUUGAGGAAUCCUUAGCUGAUGUUGACAAAGACCUCCAGCAGAUGCGGCAAGAAUUACACCAGUUGAUGGGUGUCAUCAGGAACAAAGACCAAGAAAUAGAAAAUCUUGGAAGCCAACUUAAGUCUAGCCAAAGCCAGAUCCAAACAUGUGAAGAAACCAUACAGCAGCUGAAAACCUCCCUAAAUGAUUUAAAGAGCAAAGAGCCAGUGGAUGCUCCUGUGACUGCCACAACAAAUAGCAGUACAAUGGCUCCACUAACCAUUAACACUGAUAAAACAACCUCCUCCAAAGAAAAUGGAGAUGUAUUUUCUCCUCUUGAACCUGUGGCUGAAAAUGAGAAUUCACUUAAGCAAAUAAUGGAAGACUACCCUAGUGUUACAUUGCGUUCUGCUUCAGUGACAGACAGUCUCAGUUCAGUGGAUGCUGCUUCGAAAUCCUCAGAUGUUCCAUUGUCACCAAACAGUGAUCGCCUACACUCUUUGAUUGCCAAGUAUCGCAACCCUGGUGAUGCGCCCGCUAGUCCUGAUCGUGGUCGUGUUAGUGGAAGGCCCCAUUCUAUUGGGCCAGGCAGCUCCUUUAGUGGCAUGAGCAGAAUCUUGGGACUAACGACACCAAAACCAUUUUAUCUCAGUAGUGGUGGGGCCAAAUUCAACCGUAUGUCUGGUACCAGUUCGGCUUUAAGUGGAGGACCAAGUUCCACAAGCAGUGAACCUGGUACUGAUCUCCCACCACUUGCUACGUCAACCACUUCCUCAAUGCCUUCAUCGUCCUUUCUACAAUCCGUGAACUCUAAAGGAGAGCUGACCAAAACUUCUCCCUCUUCCUUCCCCAAAAGUCCUCCUGUUCCUCCUCCUCGUCCUGCCUCACGACCUUCCAGCGUUCACAGCCCCGUGCAGGAUGUGCAGGCUGUCGCACUGAAUGGCAAUACUGAAACACGUUCGGCCAGCCCCAAAUUACUACCCAAACCACAACAGCGACAACAACAACAACAGCCACAGCAACAGCCAAAAGAACAGCAACCAGAACCAGAAUCAGUUGCCAAUAAUGAUAUUGAAGAAGUCAGGGCCAAUAUGAUAGUAGAUGUCUAGAUAAUUUCCUUGCUUCCAGAGCUUUCUUAAACUCAGUUUUAUUUUAUAUAUAUAUAUAUAUAUAUAUACAUAUAUAUAUGUUUUUUUUUUAGUUUUACUUUUUUUACUUUUUUACUUUCUUGUAUAUGUGUGAUUGUGUGUGUUUUUCUCUCUUUUUUUUUUAUUCGUUUCCCCACCCUUUUUCUCUUCCUCUCUCUCUCUCUCUCUCUUAAGCAUUCUAAUUAUUCUUCUCUAAAACAUACUCAGCUCAUUCAGUGAAGAUAAGUCUCUCAACAGAUGUACAUGCACACACUAUCUAAAUACCACCAGCCAGCACUAACAGUGUAUUUGGACGUAUGAAGUCAACAUGGAAUAAAUUUAGUCUUCAUUUCAUUUCUUUCUCUCCUUCUUAAUACUCCUCUCUUUCUUUCUCUUUUCUUUUCGUCCCCCACGCUCCUUCAUCCUCACAUCCAUCAGUUAAACCAGUCAUACAUGACAAUGCAAUCAAAAACAAAAAAGCACCCAAUUAACUUGCCAGUUUUAUAUCAUGUGUAUAAUGCCCUGUUUACAUAAUUUGCCAGGUAUCAUCAUCAUUAUUAUUAUUAUUAUUCCGUCUUUACAUUCUGAAUCAAAAUUCCACCUAGGUUGACUUUACCUUUCAUCCUUUCAGGGUCGAUGAAAUAAGUACUAGCUGAGCACUGGGGUCGAUGUAAUUGACUUACACCUUCCUCCAAAAUUGCUGGUCUUGUGCCAAAAUUUGAAAGUAUAAUAAUAAUAAUAAUAAUAAUAAUAAUAAAAGGUGGUGCGCUGGUAGACUUGUUAGCAUGCGGGGCCAAAUGCUUAGUGGUGUUUCACUUGUCACUACAUUCUGAGUUCAAAUUCCGCUGAGGUUGACUUUGCCUUUAAUCCUUUUGGGGGUCGAUUAAAUAAGUACCAGUUAUGCACUGGGGUCAGUGUAAUCAACUUAGCCCCUCUAUAUAGAAAGGGUUAUUAUUAUUAUGAUUAUUAUUAAGGUAACAAGCUGGCAUAAUUAUUUGCUUGCUGAGCAAAAUGCUUGGCAGCAUUUCGUCUAUCCUUAUGUUCUGAGUUCAAAUUGUUGAUGAAUUAAGUACCAGUUGUGCACUGGGGUCAGUGUAAUUGACG